AUGACGGGAGACUUCAAGGUCCUGAUCGCCGGCGGCAGCCUUGUAGGCCUGACCCUGGCCAUCAGUCUGGAGCGCGCCGGGAUCGACUACGAGCUCUUCGAAAAAGAGGACUUCGCCCCUCAGCUAGGCGCCUCCAUCGGCUUUUACCCGCAAUCCAAUCAGUUGAUGGAUCAAUUGGGUAUUUGGUCUGACAUUGAGAAAGUCGUGGUCCCGUUGCGGGAGCGGUAUCACUUCGACGAGACCGGGUACUGCAUGGAGACAUCUAUUGCUCUGCAGUACCUUCAACACUACUUGAAAUAUCCGACUAUGUUCAUGGAGCGCAGCGAGAUGCUGCGGAUUCUCCACAACCACAUUGCAGAUCCCAGGAAGCUGCACAGCCAGAGCUCCGUCGUUGCGUACGAAGAGACCCCGGAUGGAAUUAUCGUGACGACAGUCGAUGGCCAGACGUUCCAGGGGAGUAUCCUGAUUGGAGCCGAUGGGGUCCAUAGCCGCGUCCGGCAGCUCAUGGCCGAUAGGAUCCCAUUCACAAGUGAAUAUAAGUGCCUCUUCGCGGUCUCGCGCAACGACCCGGCAACCCCUUUCCUCCCCAACGGGACCGUCCACAACGUCUACCACCAGGAUCACUCCGCAUUAGCCGCCACGGGCGUCCCAGGCCUCGUCUUCUGGUUCCUCUUCAUCAGAACACCCAUCACGCGAACGCCCCACUGUCCGCGGUACACCGACGCGGACGCGGACGCCUUGGCUCACGAACACGGCCACGUCGCCCCGGGACCGGGCUACACCAUCCGGGAUCUGUGGACCGCCCGCGUGAAGGGGUCUCUGGUUUCACUGGAAGAAGGCAUCGUCUCGCAGUGGAGCUACGGUCGUGUCCUGCUGCUCGGCGACGCGGCGCACAAGGUUACCCCCAAUGCGGGCUUCGGCGGCAAUCUCGCCCUCGAAGGUGUCGCACAUCUCACCAACGCCCUAGUCGCAUUACUGCGGGACUCCUCCUCGGGUGCGGCCCCGACGAUCGUCCAGCUCGCGGCGCUGUUUGCGGAGUUUGACCGGAACCACCGUCCGCGGGCGACGACGGUCCUGGGAUUGUCGGCGACGAUCACGCGGUACGAGGCCCAGCAGACGGGGAUCCUGCGCUUCGCCGCCCGGUACCUGUCGCCUGUGGUUCCGGAUCGGUGGAAGGCAGCGCUGUUUGUCCGCUUUGCGUCGGGAGCACCAAGGUUGGAGUUCUUACCGGUCAAGACGGUGGCAGCGGUGGAGGUUGAUGUUGAAGGAAGUGUCCGAGAGGGAGGGGGAACGGGCAAGGCGUGGUUGGCUGUUGGGCUGGUCGGUGCGGUCGUCGCAGUUGGGUUGGCUAGAUUUCGGAAGUAAACUGCUGCGCCUGCUAUACCUAUUUAGAAUACAGAUAUCAAGUGGUAGUGAGGGCCUAGAACCUGGAGAAAGGGUAUGUG